CUUGACUCCUUGACGCCGCGUGCGGGCGCAGCGCGAGCGCGUUCCAAAUGUGAGCGCGAUGUGACGGCCGCACAGCACGGCACGGAGUCGGAACCGUCUUCAGCCGCAGCUUCGAGGGAGAAGAUGUCCAGCACGCGGGAGGCCGGCGGCUGCCCGGACGGCUACCGGGCUCUGAACACGAGCGAGCUGCGGGAGCUCCUCCAGAACGACGACAAAAUGGACCAAAUCAUUCGGCUCAAUGAGAAGUUCCAGGAGCUUCAAGUGGACAGAGAGACACUUCUGACCUCCAACCGGAGCGUCGCCGAGGAGAGUCUCGCCCGGCGACCUCGUCUCAACAACGGCAAACUCCAGCUGGCUGAGAAAUACAGGGAGCUGUCCAACCUGGUGACCACAUGCUGGGAGAAGCAGAGUCAGCUGGACGCUCGCGGACAGAAGCACAGCCUGCAGACGGCGCAGAACCUCCUGCAGGAGGAGGUGGCACGGGCUGAGGAGCAGUCAGAGGAGCUGCUGGAGAAGUUCAUGGAGGGUAACGUCAGCCUGGACGACUUCCUGGACUCCUUCCAAAGCUCCAGGAAGACCUACCACAUCCGACGGGCUCAGGUGGAGAAGAUGCAGGAGGCGACCCGCACCAGGAAGCAGCCGUGCAGAAGCAAGAGAGCAGAGGAGAGCCAGGAGGCCCCGGAGGUCAAGAAGGACUCGGAGCCGCCUCCGGAGCCGCAGAGGCCCAACGGCUUCAUAGCACAGGGACCUCUUAGGGUGUUCCAGGUACGCUACGGGCUCACGCCCGCCAUCCUCCUCCCACAUUACCCCGUCUCCCCCCCCGCCUCAGCGCCUCCCAGUAGCAGCUCGCCCGCCGAACCCCAAGUGGGGCAGACCCACAUCCUCAGCCCCAGCAACCCCCUCCCGGGACACGGCGGGCCGGUGGGCCUCCGGGUCAUCGGGCAGCUGCCAGGCGGCUGGCGGGCGAACGGGCGGCCGGUGAGGGUGCAGCAGCUGUACAGGCCCAACCCACAGCAGCCCGAACCGCCGUACCGAUAAAAGAGAGGCAGGAGCGGCCAAAACCGCCAGCGGAGACGUCCUUUCUGUUCUUCAUCACGACUGGAAGAGGAGCAGGAGCAGAGCUGUCCUCCUAAACCACCGUUUGUAUCACUUUCAUUCAGAAAGCACAAAGAAAAACCCGAAUCCAUCGGCCUGCUGGUGGCUGAGACUCUGCGUUCUCAUUCAGCAUCUGGAGUUUGUUCCCGCCUCUCCGCGGUGGAUUUUAUCCCACACGAGCGCCGUCGCUGCUCAGAAUUAGAGAUGUCUAUUUUAUUAUAUUGCUUUUCUAGUUUACACGGACGGAUCUGAAGCACAUGUGACUCCAGACGAACGAAAAGGAUGCUUUUGUUCUGUGGCGCAGCGUGAAACACUCGGCGCUCCGGAUGACGCCUGCAGCGACGUGCCGUUCCUGCGGAGCAGCUUUUCCUCCUCAUCCGAUCCGGUUUCUGGAUCUUGGACUGCAAAAGGGAGCAGGUGGUAUUUAUUCCCCGACUUUAACUUAACGUUGUCCGCUGCGUGUUGGAGUAACGGCCGAUUCGCCCUCCUGCCUUUAGGUUUCAUUAGCCGUGCUGCAGCUCGCCUAUUUAUUCCCCUCAAUCCCAUUUUAACAGCUUUUUGUUUCUACUGAGGAGCUUCGGCUUCUCCUUCAGACGGGGGAAUUAAAUCUGUCAGAGUCGGAGCCCGACAGGAGCAGGUUCAGGUUUCCGCUUCAUCACCCCCCCGCCCCGCAGAACUCAAAGACGUUGUAAAGAUUCUGCUCUUCCACGUGCAUUCCUUCAUGAAUAACUCAUAAGUGCAUGCUUACUACAGCUCAACAAAGUACAUGAAAAUGCCUUUUACAGGCCAGUGCCUGGUUGCUCUGAAUCAAACCUGCUUUAAAAAACAAUAAAAUUAUGAUUAUUUUAACACUUUAAGGCGAGAAACAGUUCGUUCUCCACAGACGCUCCAGAAACAGAUGUUGCUUCAUUUUUCACGACGGUCGCUUUCGUUACUUCGUUGUUUUUGCCUUUGUAAAUGAACAUUUUUCUGAAUGUAUUUUUGUGUCAAACAGCAAAUACAGGCCAAAAAACAGAACACAGGUCUGAAAAAUGCCUAAACAUUAUGGGACAUUAUGCUUCUUUGUUGCACAUUUUUCCUUUGUAAAGUCAAACUUUUGAUUUCUGCAAAUUUUUCCAGCAUUUUGGUUUAAGUGCAAUAGGGCGGCCACGACUAAUGAACGACUAUUAAAAUAGUCGAAAACUAAAUUAAUAGUCCAUUAGUAGUUAUUUUAUUUCAUAUGGAGUCAGAGUGUAGUAAAGUUGAAAGGUAUAAUAGCAUUAUACUAGCUUUUUGGACUAUUUUGGCAUUUAUUAAGGUUUUUUAGACUAUUUUGGAGUAUAGAUG